UCAAAAGCUUUAAUAGUGAGAAAUGUAAAGAAAGUUGCUUUGUCAGACCGCCAGAGGGCGUAAUUACAACGCUUGAUGAGUUUUAUUUUUCAAACGCUGGCCGGAAGUGCGGUACCAUUGCGAGGAGCUUCGUCGUUAUUUUACUAUACGCUAGUUUGUCUGUGUCAUGACUUUAGCUCCAAGUUGUGUUUUCAAACUCCAAAAUGCGGCGUUACAUUCGUGCACUAAUCUUGUGCACGGUGUUUGCCAUGUUUUCGGGCUUGUAUGUUUACAGUAAACUGUUUUACUCGGACGUGUCGGUCGGUGGAAACGGACCUAGGAGGGUUUUCAUCCCACCGAUAGUCCCCGGAGGCAGACGAGGUGCUGCGGACAAAACUGGGCCCCAAAGCCCACACUGGUACAACAGGUACAUAAUGCGCCAGCGGGGUCAGGGAGAGGCAGGACGUGGUGGCGGUGUUCAAAGCAGACCUGAACCCCCCAUGCACCUGGCUGUGGUGGCCUGUGGUGAGAGGCUGGAGGAGACUCUCACCAUGGUCAAGUCUGCUGUGCUUUUCAGCAUCAAGAGCCUCCACCUGCACAUCUUUGCUGAAGAUCAGCUACAUGCCAGCUUCAUUAAAGCUUUGGAGUCGUGGCCUGGUUUUAUUCACUCCAAGUUCAAAUACACAGUCUACUCCAUCAGCUUCCCCAGUGAGAACGCAGCAGAGUGGAAGAAACUUUUCAAACCCUGCGCUUCCCAGAGGCUCUUCUUACCUCUGAUCCUAAAGGAUGUUGACUCAGUCGUGUACGUCGACUCAGACAUCCUCUUCCUGCAGCCUGUAGACCACCUGUGGGCGUUCCUGUCCCAGUUUAAUGCCUCCCAGCUGGCUGCUAUGGCCCCGGAGCACGAGGAGCCCCGUAUUGCCUGGUACAACCGCUUCGCCCGCCACCCCUUCUAUGGCAGGACGGGAAUCAACUCAGGGGUCAUGUUAAUGAACAUGACACGGAUGAGGAACAUGUUCUUUAAGAAUGACAUGACAUCUGUGGAGCUGCGUUGGGACGAGCUGCUGAUGCCUCUACUUCAGAAGUACAAACUCAACAUAACCUGGGGAGACCAGGACCUUCUCAAUAUCAUUUUCCACCACAACCCUGAGUGCUUGCUGGAGUUUCCGUGCCAGUGGAAUUAUCGUCCCGAUCAUUGUAUCUAUGGCAGUAACUGUGCGUCAGCUGAAGAAGAUGGCAUCUACAUACUGCAUGGAAACAGAGGGGUUUACCAUGACAACAAACAACCUGCCUUCCGGGCUGUUUACGAGGCCAUACGAAAGUACUCUUUUGGCGCAGACCCAGUGACUUCUUUGUUGGUUCCACUAGAAGAGGAGCUGUUGAAGACGACACACACUUAUUGUGGUAAAUCUCACACACUCCUUACCAAGAGACUGGCACACAGCAUGGCAAACAUCAACAGACAGGCCCCGCGUGGACGGUUACAAAACCGAAUCACAAUGAUGCGACCAAGGCCAAGAGACUUUCUUCUGACCGGCAGGACAGACUUGUCCUUGAGCAAGAAACUUAACCACCAACAAGGAAUAUGAACCACUACAGCUCCCUAAACAUGUUUUUACUAGGAAAACUGUUCAGUAACAAGGAACCUGAGUUGUCUAAAGAUGCAUUGACUACUUUGUGGAAACCAAUGAGUGGAGCUUUUAGAUCAUUUUGGUGAACAUCUUCUCUAUAAAGGUGCUGACACACCAAGCAGACGGCAAAGAAC